AUGAAUUAAUUUAUGUAAACUUUACUAGAAAUUCCAAGAUUUAUAUUGCGAUUCUCCUCGUCCCAGAUAUUUUUGUUAAAUUCAAGGAAUGCUAGAAAAUCGGUUAAUCAGUAACAAUCAGUAACAUGAGAGAUGUGAAAGGAAACAUGAAGGCUGCCAUAGAUCCUUGGGGAUACAGUAAUUGUCCAUCUGGCGAUUCGAACGUUUGCAAUAGUUUCGAGGAUUGUUUCGUUGAAAACAUAACACUAACGGAUCAAUUACGGCUAUCCGACUCUGAGCAAUAUCUUGAGCGACUUUACUCACGACUUAAAGCGAUUAAAGGAGGUACAACAAAAAAGGAUCUGGUUACUUCUUUAUCGAACGUCAAGGAAGAUUAUAUUGCCAGGUUUAUAACUGCUGGACAAAGUUUGGAAUCCGUGGAAGAGGAUCAGCUAACUAGUAAUCCAUUGUUACGUCAUAUAGUACCACAUCUGCAGGCUUUAACCGUGUGCGAGCUGGUUCACUUAUUAAAAGCAGACAUAUUAGAAAUAGUAACGAACGAACAAAAGGAAGAAUUAGCAGCGUCUGAAGACAAAGAAAGUGAAGUAAAACAGUUAGAAAAAACGGAAAGUUAAAUUUUAUCACGGAUAAAGAAAUGGCAGUCAACC